CUUACUACAUUUUUAUAAUUUUACAGUAUAUCAUAAUUGAAGAAAAAUGAUGGAAGAGAGUGGAAUAGAGACAACACCACCUGGAACUCCUCCACCAAAUUCUGCAGCAGGACUGGCUGCUGCUGCUGCUUCUGCUGCUGCUACUGCUGCUUCUGCUGCGAUGUGUUCCACCCCCGUUCCUUUAGCUGCAACCAGUUCUUUUUCUUCUCCAAAUGUAUCUUCUGUGCAGCCCCUGCCACCACACGCAUCCUCUACCCCUCAGCCAUCCCUUCCUCCUGUGAGGCCUUCAGCAUCAUUGCCUUUUGUGCCUCCUUCACCAGUUCCUUCUGCUCCACCACUUGUUACUGCUAUACCACCUCCUGUGUCUCCACCAACUGCCGCUGCCUUUAGUAAUCCUCCUUUAUCCCCCUUCCCAACUUCAACUUCUGCCCCAAGUACUCUUCCAUCUGCGCCCCCUUCGGGUCCUCCUACAUCAGGAUUUUCUGUCGGAUCAGCGUAUGACAUUACAAGGGGACAUGCAGGAAGAGCUCCCCAGACACCCCUGAUGCCGUCAUUUUCUGCACCUCCAGUAACGGGUAUUUUGCCAGCCCCCAUUACUCAGCAAGCCAGUUUGACACCUCUGGCCCCGGGAACUGAAACCACCUCAGCCAUUACUUUUCCAGAGGAACAAGAAGAUCCUAGAAUUGUUAGAGAUCAGGAUGAAGCAUCUGCGAGUGGACUCUGGGGUUUUAUCAAGGGUGUAGCUGGGAAUCCUAUGGUGAAAUCUGUGCUUGAUAAAACAAAACAUUCUGUAGAAAGCAUGAUUACAACGCUGGACCCUGGCAUGGCUCCAUAUAUCAAAUCUGGAGGUGAACUGGAUAUUGUAGUGACCUCAAAUAAAGAAGUAAAAGUUGCUGCUGUCCGAGAUGCCUUCCAGGAGGUCUUUGGCUUAGCUGUGGUUAUGGGGGAAGCUGUUCAGUCCAAUAUUGCCCCACAACCAGUGGGCUAUGCAGCUGGAUUAAAAGGUGCCCAGGAACGGAUAGAUACCUUGCGUCGAACUGGAGUGAUCCAUGAGAAACAGAUUGCUGUGUCAGUAGAAAACUUUAUUGCAGAAUUGCUUCCUGACAAAUGGUUUGAUAUUGGCUGUUUGAUAGUUGAAGAUCCUGUCCAUGGCAUUCAUCUAGAAACAUUUACACAAGCUACACCAGUGCCUUUGGAAUUCGUACAACAGGCUCAAAGUCUAACUCCCCAGGACUACAACCUGAGGUGGUCAGGCCUUUUGGUGACAGUGGGCGAAGUCCUGGAAAAGAGUUUAGCAAAUGUCAGCCGGACUGAUUGGCACCUGGCUUUCACUGGCAUGUCACGUCGACAGAUGAUCUACAGUGCAGCCAAAGCAAUAGCGGGCAUGUAUAAACAGCGCCUGCCCCCCAGGACCGUGUGAGAGACCUACCUAGAUCCUGAGACAUCCCCACCUUGAGCUUGGUGGUGAAGAAGACAUUUACUUUCUGAAAUUGGAUAGCAUCAGUGAUCCAGCAGUUUUGGUAAUUUUCCUAUAGGCUGCAGUUUUUCUUUCCCUUUAAAAAGCCAUGGUGUCAUGUCAGCAAAUGAAAGGAAACAGAUCCUUUCUAUGAUCAUUUAAUUACCUGUACUAUAGUUCUCAAAUAUAUAAGUAUUUUUAUAGGACAAUUUGAUACCAGAUUUAGAGUACAAAUUCAUGUGUUAAGAAAUGUAACUUGAUAUGUACUUGAUUAUUUUGUUUUUCAUAACAUAGUUAAUGACAUACUCGUUGAAUAUUCUUUAAAAGCAUUGUUUCUUUUAAUUCAAGAUUAAUCUGUCAUUCUUUGAAGGUUUUUUUGUGUGUGCACAUGAUCUCAGGUCUGAUACUGAGUGUCUGCUCAACAAUUUAGCCUAAAACACCUACCUGUAGAGAGAUGGUGCACAUUUUGUUUGCAUAGUUUUAACAUGGGCCAAAACAACAGAAUGGAUCAUUUUCUCUUUGGUUAUCAUGUACACACAUAGUGUGAAUAAUUCUAUAUUUUUCUUUUUAAAUAACUUCUGGCAUCUUACAGAUUUAUACUCUGAUCAUUAGGGUAAUACAUUUUACUUUUUGAUUGUUAUGUGACAACUAAAUGGCAAAUGAUUCGAGUAUUUUUUAAAUCAGAAGCAUUUGAGUUAUUUUCUUAAUACUGCUAUUCAGUAUUUCCUAGUAAAUUCUGACAACAGCCAUUAUUUCUAAUUCCAUUCAUAUUUUUCCAUUGUAAUGGAGAAAUUUUGGGAGGGAAUUACUUUGUUGUUAAUGGGAUUGUAUGCUUCUUAUUUAAUUAAGGUUACUUCUGACUAAGUUUGCCUUAAACACUACUUUUCCAACUUGCUGCAUUCUGCCUUUACUUUUAAUGGAAUUUUUCAAAGAAACUUUUAUAUGCAAUCUGGUUUAUUUAGUCCAUUAUCUUGGUACUUAGUGAAACUUUUUCUCCCAAAUAUAUUUACCAUUUUUGUGUUUUAUAUAAAUCAAAAAUAAAUAGUUUGUCUUACACUUUUAAACUCUAUAUAUGCAAGUUUAAAUAACACUUGAGAUAGUUUCUUAUAUAAAUGUAAUUUAUUUACUCUUCUAUGCAGUUUUUAGAGAUAAAAGAAUUAGCACAAUCUUAUAAAGGGUGUUAAAGCUCUUCUUAUCCUGCACUGUCAUUACACAUAAGGUUUGCUUUGUAUUUUUGCAGUUUUUUACCUGGGGCUGAAUGAAUAAGUAUUCAGUGAAAUUCAAGCUGUCAUUCAAAGUAAUGAGAGAAAAGAGAUGAAACCAGUUGUGGCAUAAUAGGGACAGAAUACUUAUUUCCUCUUUGUUUUCUCCAUCUUUCAUGAAUAAGAGAAGCCUUUCUCUACCAUUUGUAUUUGUCCUUUAUUUUCAAAAGCUCCCUUUUCUAAUAGUAUUUUAUCAUGGCAUGGCCUGAUGACUAAUUAUGAUUAUGGAUGAAGGAAAGUAUUCCUAAUUAAAAUACUUUUGCUACUUCCCUUCUAUUACUGGGAAAUUUUACAGAUCCUAAAAGUAACUCAUUAUCUCUCUCACACCACAGCAGCGUUAGCAAGGCAGUCUGCUAGUGUUGGUGUUUUGGUGCUCACCAUCGAUUUAAGACCAUGGUCCUUUUACCCAUCAUCCAACUUCCCUCUGUUCUUUUCUCUUUCUGCUCAUCUCCUUACAACUCCCACACUAGCAUUUCUUAGAGUUGGACUGGGAGCUGUUGGCUUUUUUCCUCCCUCAAGCUUCUUAGGAAAGAAAACUUGUCUUCCACACAGUCCUUUACUGCUAUUGUUUUGGUCAAGUUUGUGAUUUAUUUAUUUUUCCUGAAGUGCUCCAGUAACUACUUACUGAAUUUUAUAAGUUUAUACAUGUCUUCGUUUUAAUUAGUGUGAAAGAGAACAGGUAAAAAUGCAGGAAGAGUAAUUUAACAUCAACCUCAGUUGACAGAGGUACUCAGAUUAUUCAAUUCAAGAUCUUCCUGUUACUAAGUUUAUCCAGCAACCCUGGACCUAGAACUGUGCCACAGACUUAUGGAGUUGGAAAGCUUUAGGCAAUACUAGUGGUUUUCUCUUCUGAUCUCUUAUCAUUAUUACUUCCCCACUCUUUGUUCCUCUUUCUCUCAAGGAGUAAUGAAGUAAGAAAUUGAGAUGAAUGAAUAUAUACAAAAUGGUAGUAGAUAAGAGUACAUACAGAUGAACAAGUAGGUAAGAGUACCGAUGAACAUGUAUUAUGUACAUCUAUUAAAAAUUAUGUAAAUUAGUGACAUACUCAGGGUCAACUAAAUUACUUUAAUAUGUUGUUGGAUUUAUUUUAUUCCUUGGCUAGAAAAAAUUCUUAACAGGAAUUUAUGUUCUGUGAAGCCAAACUUUCUAUGUUCUAGAACAGUGGUUCUCAACCUUCCUAAUGCCACAACCCUUUAAUACAGUUCCUCAUGUUGUGACCCCCAA